AGUGAGCUUCCUCAGCAUGCUGUCUAUAUCAUUGGCAGAAACUAGUUGGAAAGGGAGUUGAAUGACUAACUGGACUUUAUAUGAAAACACAGCAACUUGGGGCUGACUUCCAGACAGGGUUGAUAUAGGUGCAUUUUAUUUGGCUUUGCCUUUUUCUUUAACCAUGAUUGGCUCUACAACUAAAGGAAAAGGUAGAAAAGAGUCCAGGGCCUCUUUCAAACCUGAAAUCAAUAGCCCUGCCAAUGCUAAAGGAAAAGCCAAAAGUCAGACCAAGAAAGUAUUUAAGACAGAACCAAAAGAAGAAUUGGGGAACCAGGCUGGGGCUAGAGAUGAGGCAAUGGCCAGGACACAAACCGUGAUUUACACUGAGCCCGAGGCUGUGACAUGGAAAAUGAAAAAAAAGAAAGAUAAGACUAAUACCAGAGCUUUGGCUCAGACUAAGACAGAACUGGCAAAUCCUGGUUCAGUGCCUCACACCAAGUCAGAUACUUUGCCUACGUCUAUGGUCAUUACUGUAACCAAAUCUGAAGUCAAAGUUGACACUAGUAUUGGGAAAUCUGCCAAGUGUUCUGCCAAGGCUAAUGAUAAGGGCAGUAGUAAGCACAAAUCUGAGAUAAAGAAAGAGGCCUGUAUCAGAUCCAGGUCUGGGAACAAAACUAGUAUUGUCAUCAACACUACUGAUGAGGAUGAAGACUAUGUGUGCUCCUGGUUUUGGACUGGAGAAGAGCCUAGUGUAGGGUCCUGGUUCUGGCCUAAAGAAGAAACCCCUCUUCAAGUUUAUCAGCCCCCACCUAAGGUUGAGGAAGAACCUGAACCCACAGAGACAUUCGACUUUACUUUAAAAAGAAAAGCAGAGGCAUGGGCAAGGAGCAGGUUUAUUGUCCUAGUCCCAGUUGAGGAAGCCGAGCAAUCGUUACCUCCAGAAGGGAACUGGACUCUGGUUGCGACCUUAAUUGAAACUCCUCUGGGUAUUCGACCUUUGACCAAGAUUCCACCUUACGGUGGACCUUACAUCCAGACUUUAGCUGAUUUAAAAAACCAAGUCCGGGAAAGAGAAAAGUAUGGACCCAAUCCAAAGAACUGCCGCUGUAAAUCACGCACCUUUAGUUUAGAGCCUAAAGAGUUUGAUAAACUUGUUGCCCUACUUAGGUUAACUAGGGAUCCUUUUAUUCAUCAGAUGGCUACAAUGAUAAUGGGCAUCAGUCCUGCUUACCCAUUUACCCAAGAUAUCAUUCAUGAUAUUGGUAUUACUGUUAUGAUUGAAAAUUUUAUCGAUAAUCCAAAUGCUAAAAAAUACCUUAAAAAAUUAAUUUUGGACCCCAAACCUGAACCCUCUGAAGAAGUAAAAGAAAAGGAAGCACAUAUCAAUAAGAUUUGUAAGGACAUACUCUCUUGUCCUUUGAACUGUUCUGUACAAGUGGAGGAACUGAAACUGUUAGCGAGCCUGACUGUGAAAUUUGAGUUUCACCACGUAGUUAUCAAUUACGUCCGAUAUUUCACUACAUUGUUAAGCAAAGGGAGUGUCAAAAUCAAGUUUCAAAUUUUAAGAGUUAUUUUUUAUUUGUCAAAAAAUCAAGCCAAUACAAGAGAACUGAUCAGUGCUGAAGUAUUAUCAUCACUGAUUGCUCUCUUUCACAAGAAUGAGUCAAAGGCUAAUAUUCUUCGCAUCAUUGAAAUAUUUGAGAAUAUAAAUUUCCAGUUCAAAAAAAGGGCAAAGAUAUUUUCCAAGGAUAUGUUCACUAAAUCUGAACUUGUUUCAAUAUUCCAGGAGGCAAAACAGUUUGACCAGAGACUCCAAGACUUAGCAGAGCACAGUGAUCCUGAUGUGAGAGAUAAAGUUAUUCGAUUAAUACUCAAACUCUAGAUAGCUGUAUAGUCUCACAAAGCUUUGAACAUUUUUUGUCUUUCCAAUAUAAACUAAUGCUUAUUAUAAUUAUAAAUUUGAUACUUAUGCUCUCUGUUGAGGGAGGUUGUUUUGUGGAUGCAACUCAUCUUGAGAGAUUGAACUCUUGCUGGUAUUUAUUGUACUAUAUAUAAUAUAAAUUGAGGUAUUUUUGUUAUUUCUGUAAUGUAACCUAGUACUGAACCUAUUCACCCUAAAUAAGGUAUAUUUCUGUGCGUUAUCUUGAUAUAAGUGUAUUUUCGUAUUCUAUUUACGUGUUUUUAAUAAAGUUGCAUGCAAAACCUGAUGAAA